AUGGCUGCAGGUGGCCGAGGCCUCUCCAGGGCCCUGCGUGCCUCUCCCAGCCCUGACUGGAGACAAGCUCACUGGGAAGCCAAGGCGCGCCUGAAGCCUGAGUACGAUGCGGUGAUAAUAGGAGCAGGUCACAACGGGCUGGUGGCUGCGGCCUACCUACAGAGACUGGGGGUGAGCACGGCCGUCUUUGAGAGGCGCCACGUGAUCGGGGGCGCAGCUGUGACGGAGGAGAUCGUUCCAGGGUUUAAAUUCUCCCGAGCAUCCUACCUUCUCAGCCUGCUGAGGCCCCAGAUUUACACUGAGCUGGAGCUGAAGAAACAUGGGCUGAGGCUUCAUCUUCGAAACCCCCGCUCCUUCACCCCCAUGCUGGAAGAAGGCACAGGGAGCAAGGUGCCCCGGUCCCUGCUUUUGGGCACAGACAUGGCGGAAAACCAGAAGCAGAUCGCCCAGUUCUCCCGGAAGGAUGCCCAGGCUUUUCCCCAAUAUGAGGACUUCAUGAAUCGCUUGGCAUUAGCCAUUGACCCUCUGCUGGACGCACCCCCCGUGGACAUGGAGGCCUUCCGGCGGGGCUCCCUGCUGCAAAGGCUCAAGUCGCUGUCCACCCUCAGCCCCUUGCUACAGGCAGGCCGCAUCCUGGGAGCCCGGCUGCCCCAGUAUUACCAGGUGCUCACAGCUCCAAUGACGAAGGUGCUGGAUCAGUGGUUUGAGUCUGAGCCUCUAAAAGCCACUCUAGCAACGGACGCUGUGAUCGGAGCCAUGACAAGUCCCCGCACUCCAGGAAGUGGGUAUGUGCUGCUGCAUCACAUGAUGGGGGGCCUGGAGGGGGUGCAGGGAGCCUGGGGCUACGUCCAGGGUGGCAUGGGUGCCCUCUCUGGUGCCAUCGCCAGCUCAGCCGCCGCACAUGGAGCAAGUAUCUUCACUGAAAAGCCAGUGGCUAAGGUGCAGGUGAGCAGUGGAGGGCGCGUUCAAGGCGUCGUGCUACAAGACGGCUCAGAGGUGAGGAGCAAAGUGGUGCUGUCCAACGCAUCACCGCAGAUCACCUUCCUGAAGCUGACACCACAGGAGUGGCUUCCUGAAGAGUUCGUGCAGAGGAUCUCUCAGCUGGACACCCAGUCACCUGUCACCAAGAUCAACGUGGCUGUCAACAGGCUGCCUGACUUCCUGGCAGCCCCCAACACUCCCAGGGGCCAGCCGCUGCCCCAUCACCAGUGCUCCAUCCACCUGAACUGUGAGGACACCCGCCUGCUCCAUCAGGCCUUUGAAGAUGCUAUGGAUGGCCGGCCCUCCCACAGGCCCAUGAUUGAGCUAUGCAUACCUUCCUCGCUGGACCCCACCCUGGCUCCCCCCGGCUGCCACGUGGUCUCCCUCUUCACUCAGUACACUCCCUACACUCUGGCCGGAGGCAAAGUCUGGGACGAGCAAGAGAAAAAUGCUUAUGUGGACAGAGUGUUCGACUGCAUCGAGGCCUACGCCCCUGGCUUCAAGGGCUCCGUGGUGGGCAGAGACAUCCUCGUACCACCUGAUCUGGAGAGAAUCUUCGGGCUUCCUGGAGGGAACAUAUUCCACGGCGCCAUGACACUGGACCAGCUCUACUUUGCCCGCCCUGUGCCCCUGCAUGCCAACUACCGCUGCCCUCUCCGGGGCCUGUACCUCUGUGGAAGCGGGGCCCAUCCUGGAGGAGGUGUCAUGGGAGCCACUGGACGUAAUGCAGCCCACGUUGUUUUUGGGGACCUCAAAAGCAUGUGA